AUGGUGCUCGAGGCGGUCAUGAUCGUGGUGGACAACAGCGAGAGCAGCAGGAACGGCGACUACACACCAACCCGGUUCGAGGCGCAAUGCGAUGCCAUUAACAUCCUCUUCCAGAACGUCAUCCAGGGCAACCCCGAGUCGUCGGUCGGUCUUAUGAGCAUGGGCGGCAAGGGCCCUGAGGUUCUGGCGACUCUUACGGUAGAUCAAGGCAAGAUCCUCGAAGGCUUGCAUCGGACGAAAAAGAACAUCCGUGGAUCCGCUCAUCUUGCGACUGGUAUUCAAGUAGCACAUCUCGCCCUCAAGCACCGACAAAACAAAUCCCAGCGGGCGCGCAUCGUCGUGUUUGUCUGCUCCCCCAUCGAAGACAUCGAGAGCGACCUGGUCAAGCUCGCCAAGAAGAUGAAGAAGGCCAACACGAGUGUCGACUUUGUGCUGUUUGGCGAUAUAGAUGAGGAGAAUCACAAGAAGCUCACGGCGUUCAACGAAAUAGUCAAGGGCAGUGGCCAGGGCUCGCAUCUGGAGGUUAUUCCCCCCAGUUCCAAGCUGCUCAGCGAUCAGCUUCUCGCCACACCCAUUUUGCUUGGAGAGAAUGCCGGUCAAGGCGGUGCCGGCGGUGGUGGCAGUGCUGCCGAGGAAUUCGAGUUCGGCGUCGACCCGUCCGCCGACCCAGAGUUGGCGCUGGCUCUGCGUAUGAGUAUGGAAGAGGAAAAGGCCCGGCAGGAGAGGGCAGCUCGUGCCGAGGCGGAGGCUGCUGGUCAGAACACGUUGGAGACUGUCAAGGAAGAGAACGAGUCAACACCUCUGCUGGGCAAAGACGGAGAGCCUAGUGGCAACAAGAAGGAUGAUGAUAAGAUGGACACCUCUUAG